GUGGCGUGCACUGGGCGGGCCGGGGGGGCGGGCGCGCAGCAGGGUCUCAGCGGCUGAGGCGCCGGCCUCCCUGAGGCCCGGAGCAAGGCUGCCCCAGCGCCGCACCAUGGACUCGCGACCCGAGGAGUAUGAGCUCAAUGGCGACGUGCUCCCGGGCUCGCCUGGCUCCCCGGACGCCUCGGACUUGAUUCGUAGGCCACCCCGCUGGGGCAGGAACCGGCCCAUCAACAUGAACCAUUAUGCCAAUAAGAAGAGUGCGGCAGAGAGCAUGCUGGACAUCGCACUGCUGUUGGCCAAUGCCUCCCAGCUGAAGGCUGUCAUCGAGCACGGCCCUGGCUUCGCCUUCUUCAUCCCCCUGGUGGUCCUCAUCUCCGUCUCCCUCAUGCUGCAGAUUGGUGUGGGCGUGCUGCUCAUCUUCCUUGGGUCAUUGAGGUGGAACAAGUGGGGCCUCCUCCCUGAUUUCUUCCAUGAGGCCAACUCAACAGACUGUCUUUCUCAUCUCUCUCUCCUGAUGCUACCUCCUCCUGGAUGGUCUUUUCUCCCCCAGAAUAUGAAUUUCUAACUUCUGAUCCUCCGAGCCUCUGAAAGUCAACCUUGAAAAUGGACUUGUCAGCAGCUCCAACUUGGUGAAGAAGCCAUGGACAGGAAUGCAGAGAGACCUGCCACCACCACACGGCAGGACCCUCCUGGCCACCUGGCUUCAGCAUCUACAACCUCUCGGAUUAAAGAGUUAAUAUUGGCCAUAGUUCAUGGAGUGUGCCCCAUGCUUGGGCAUUCUGUGGGCUCUAGGCAUACAGAUAAUCAUCAUUCUUCCAUCAGCUCUGCUACACAAGCAUGACUACCACCCCCAUUUUCAGAAGAAGAAACUGAAGCACAACGAGUAGACUUAUCUAAGACCUGCCUGAGACCUCAACCAGCUAGGGAGUGAUGUAUCGAGGUCAGGACCCAGGCACAGUAUUGGGGCCAACUCUUGACAUCUAAAAUUUCUGCCUCUCUAAUCAACCUACUAAUUAACUAUGCAAUUAGCUGCAUCAUGUCUGUUCCUGGCCAAGCCAUAGGCUGUCCUGCCCAGCACUGCCAGUGUGUGCACCUGUGCAUAGAGCCAGCACACACUAAGCACUAGGGAAGUUUGGGAAUGAAUGGACGUAGGUCCAAGGCUCAAGGGCGAGGGCUGUCAGUGGAUGGUGGCCAGCAUCUUGCAGUGGCUCCUCCUAUCCUGCAGGCUGCUAGCCAGGUGGUGCCUCCAUUGCCUGCAGCUGCCAGUCACCUGGCACGAUGGCAUAGCCUGGGGGCCAAAGCUCUCGGCUCUGCUGUGCGCUGUGCUUCCUGUGGUCUUUGUGAGCUGUGCACACAAACCACACCCAAGCAGCCAUUCAGAGGCAUGAGAAAGCACAAGAAAGGAAACCACUUUGGUCCCAAGUGCUGAUAAACAGUCCCAGACAGUUUUUACAGGACAAAGGAAGAGGAAUGUUCUGGCAUAAAAUUCACCAGACCUUCACCAGCAACCUCUGCUAAGCCCUACCUCCCCCAUCAUCUUGCCCUCCUGGCAGCACCACAACCAUAGACACCCCCCCCCCCACAACCUGUUAGCCUGGCUUGGCAAUCGAGGCCCUGUGGGAGCUGGCCUCACUUGCCCUCACCGGGCCUCCCAGGCCCCUGAGCCAUCCCUGCACAGCAACCCCCAACUGCAGUGUACUGCCCAGGAUUCCCGCCCUUGGCACAAGAAUACCUGUCCCUGUGGUUUCCGCCUGGCUAACUCAUGCUCACUGCCCUCCCGCCAAGAGACCUUCCUGAGCUCCCCUGCCGCCCCACCCCAAACAAAGUCCAGAUGCUUGGACCUCAACCUCCCCUCCCAAAUUGAAUCUCCCAGAAUCCCCUCCUGUCCCAGUGCCCAACCUGGCCUCAGGCAUGGAGUUGAGAUGGCGCACUCCCCAGCACACCACAAGGCAGGGACUGGUUCUGCAGCAACAGCAAUUGCUGCAGUGACACUCGGCCAGUGCUGGCCCUGAGCAGACGCAUCAGGCCCCACACACUCACUCUGCAACCCUUUGUAGAGGCCCCAGAAACAACACGAGGCAGGUUCCUGUUGGUGCAUGGAGACAGUGAGCCAGGAACUUGAGGCCCGCAGCCUUGCAAGCCUGCCCAUUUGACCCUCCCAGGCCUGUGCUCUCUGGGCCCCAGUUCCCCAUACCAAAAAUGAAGGGCUCUGAGGGAAGGGGUCUCUAGAGGCCCAGGACACAGAGAUGGCAGGGAGAAAGGGGAUUGGUGGGCCUGGGCAGGGUCUAGUCCUGGCUCUGCCACUGACUGCCCCAGCGGUCUGGGGCACCUGCCCAACCUGACACUUUAUUUCCUCAUCCACACAUAGAGAUAUUCCACUUUUCCCCAUAGAGCAGUUCUGAAUGGGAAGCACCUGAUACAAGACCAUGUGCACAGUAGGUACAAUAGACCCUGGAACAAUGCGGCGGUUGGGGGCGCAGAUCCCUGAGCAGUCGAAAAUCCACACAUUACUUUACAGUCAGCCCUCCAUAUCCAUAAUUUUGCAUCCAAGGAUUCAGCCAACCUGGGGUCAUGUAGUACUAUAGUAUGUAUCGAAAAAAAAUCCACAUAUAAAUGGACCCUCACAUUUGAAACCUCAGCUCAAAGGGUCAACUGUACUCAGAAACAGCAGCCACAGAUAAAAGAAUUCAGAGAGAUGACAGGGGAAUGCACAGCAGCUGGGGUCUCUUCUGGCUAAGGCUGGGACACUGGUGUCCUGGAAAUCACCAGGUUCCUGCCCAUGAAAUCCUACUUGUGUGCAGGACUCAGGCUGGGACUCCAGUGAGUGCUGGGGAGAGAACAGGGGCUUCUGGGGCCUCCCUGACCCCGUGGGCCACCCCUAGGUAACUUCUACCUCAUGAAGCAACCUGACCAUGCUGUCAUGGGCUCUGUCACCAGCCUGUCUCUGUCAUGGAGCUUCUCCUACAGGGAAAGGUCCAUAGAGAAGGGUCACCCUGCUCAGUUAGGGUCAGGAAGGUGGUGGGCGGGUCCCCAUUCGAGAGGCCCUUGGCGGAUGGCUGGGCUGGAGAACCCAUCCUGGGAAAAGAAGGAGGGACUGGGGCAGUUCAGUAUGGGGCACAAAGCCUUCGGGGACCGAGUCUGUGUCCACAAUUCCCCUGGGCCUGUCGCUGGGCAAGGGGUGCAGCAUGGGAGGCACCACAGAGUCCCACGGGUACCACGCACUGCCCAGGUAUGCACCACCUGUUGGGCAUUCUCCUCAGGUGGCUGUGAGGAUGGAGUGUCUAUAUUCCCUGAUAGAAGCACAGUAGAAUCAUUUUUACUUUCA